CUAAAUUUCAAGCCAUUUUGAAAGUGUUACUCGAGCUAGCUAUAGGUGUGUAGGCCUAUUAUACGACUAAUUGUCGUGUCUAGUUUUAGCCAAAGUAAAACAAUUGACUGGGAAUCGUUUUAAUCUGUUUAGAUCACAACGAAUUAUUACAGACCAUAAAAAACUACCCCUCGUAAAUACAGAUUCAACCGUGCAUGAAAACUGCCGCGAUAAUUCAUACGUAUUGUUUAAUUUUUUAACAAAUUUUAUAUCCCAAUACUUAAAUCAUAAACAUGUCUUUCAGAAAAAUUAAUAAAAAUUAUGAGAAGUCAUUAUUACGAAAAGAACGGGACGAAAAUGCUCCAUUCACUAUCGGCGAACCUUCCGCCUAUGCGUAUAGUCAAGAAGUAAGUGAAGAAGUAGUGGGCCGAUAUGGUGCAUCCGAUUCGCCGUCUCAACCGUCGUCUGCUUCUGAUCUACCUACAAACGUGAAGUAUGACACUUCUGGUCCAGAUGAAAAUAAGACUUGCAGCGACUCACAAGCAACAAGUCGCUUCUCACCAUCUAAACAAACGAAUAUGUCACAAAAUAAGACGCUGUUGGACAAAGAGAAGAACUAUUUAGCUAAUAAUGAGGAUAUACACCAAACAAUACAGAGUGAUGGCGAACCCGCCCGAGAAACCUGGGGCAAGAAAAUUGAGUUUUUGUUGGCUAUUAUUGGAUUUGCUAUAGAUCUUGGCAAUGUUUGGAGAUUUCCUUUUAUUUGUUUUAAGAAUGGAGGGGGUGCCUUUCUUAUACCCUAUUUUCUCAUGUUAAUAUUUAUUGGACUACCAUUAUUUUAUAUGGAACUGGCUUUAGGACAAUUUCAUAGAAGUGGAAUAAUAUCAAUCUGGUUGCAGAUCUGUCCAAUAUUUUGUGGAAUAGGAUAUGGAAUAUGUUUAGUGAAUACGUUUGUUGGAUCAUAUUAUAAUACAGUUAUAGCGUAUGCUUUCUAUUAUCUUGUGGCAUCGUUAAGAGCGGAAGUACCAUGGAAGACUUGUAACAAUACCUGGAAUACACCGGAUUGUAUUUCUUUAGCUGAUAAUCAAACGUCCACCAACACUUCUACAUCCCCCGCCGAGGAAUAUUUCAUACGAGAAGUUCUCGAGUUCCACCGAUCGACGGGUAUAGAUGAUAUUGGUAAUAUUAAAUGGUCGUUGAGUUUAUAUCUACUCGGUGUAUUUGUCAUCAUCUAUUUCUGUUUAUGGAAAGGAGUCAAGAGUUCGGGUAAGGCUGUUUGGAUUACCGCCACAUUACCAUUUAUUAUUUUAUUCAUAUUACUAGUGCGGGGUGUAACACUGCCAGGAGCCGAGAAAGGUAUCUUAUACUAUAUUAAACCCAACUUCAGCCGGCUUCUUAUGAUAGAGGUAUGGAUAGACGCAGCGGCACAGGUGUUCUUUUCUCUGGGUCCAGGCUUUGGUACUUUAGUAGCACUAUCAAGUUAUAACAAGUUCAACAAUAACUGUUAUUUUGAUGCGAUAAUAACAACUAUUAUAAAUUGUGCUACAAGUUUACUAGCAGGAUUAGUUGUCUUCUCCAUUAUUGGUUACAUGUCCUUAAAGCAGGGUAAACCUAUAGAAGAUGUUGCUGUGAAAGGGCCUGGAUUAGUGUUUAUCGUCUAUCCCGAAGCCAUCUCGACUCUACCAUUAUCAACAUUAUGGUCUAUACUAUUUUUUCUGAUGUUAAUAACUCUGGGUCUAGAUAGUUCGUUUGCAGGAUUAGAAUCUGUAAUAACGGCCUUAACAGACGCUUACCCAAGAUUGAAGAAACGGAGGGAAAUAUUUGUAUUAUUUGUAUUGCUGUAUGCCUUUAUCUUAGGAUUACCAACAACCACCUAUGGUGGUCAGUAUGUAAUGGCGAUAAUGGAUUUACACGGCGCUUCGUUGUCUCUGAUAUUUUUUUGUUUUCUGGAAGUGGUUGCACUCAACUGGAUUUACGGUGUCCGUCGAUUCUCUAAUGACGUGGAGAGUAUGCUGGGUUUUCAACCAGGGAUAUUUUGGAAAAUUUGUUGGGCAAUUAUUAAUCCUAUAAGUUUAUUUACACUGUUUUGUUUGUCUAUAUGGGGUUAUAGUGGAUUAACUUUAGAUGACUACGUAUUCCCUGAAUGGAGUGUUUCUGUUGGUUGGUGUAUUACAGCAUCAUCGCUAAUCUGUGUACCUAUAUAUAUGGUGUUCAAGCUGCUUUAUACUAAAGGUUCAUUUAAACAGAAAAUUUUAAAAUGCAUAAAACCAUCAUUACAACCUCCUCAUCUCCGAAAUGGACCGGAUAUUAAAAUGGAGAAGUUCACAAAAAUAUCUAACUUAUGAACACCUUGGAACAAUUAACGUUAUGAAACGAAAACCGCAUUGAUUGGUUGUUGCACAUACUUUACUGGUAGUGGUAGAAUAUUGAAUGGUGAUUGGUGUUUGAAGGAAGAAAUUCAUUACAACCAAACCUAAUGAGAGGUUGUAGACCAUGCGAGGUCUUGUAGAACACACCUGCGUGACAUCAUUUUAAAGAAUGAUUUUAUUCGAAUAACCAGUAUUAUUUUAUUGCUGGAAGAGUUUGGCUACAUCCUAACGCUGCAAUUUUUGAAAAGAAAUUGUUGUGUCUAGAUCACGAGAAAAUGUGUGUGUUACUCAAGUGUAUCGCAAACAUUGAAUGCCCCAAAAUUCUGGACAUUUAUGGAUUAAUUGUUCCCGGACAAGCCACAAUGACCAGGAAAUAUUCCGGACAGAUUAUGUUGUAAAAUAUCCGUUAUGAUUCUUUAAGCAGGGAUUGACUUUUUCAUAUUAUCAAUAUCAUGUGUUUGGUAAACGGUGACUCAAGAAAUGUAUACUACCGUUACGUGUCCCUGUAUUGUUUUGAUUUAAAUGACUUGUAUUAUAGAGGCCGUGCAUCCUAUUUUCAUCAUGUAUAUUUUAUUUUUUAAUAUUCUGUUUAUUGCUAUAAAUAUUACUCGUCCAUUUAUUUUGCUUUUAGAUUUUUUGCGACGUCAAAUUUUGCAUCUUUUCAGGUAAUUUCUACGCCAUACAAUUUGCACAAGAUGUUUAUACAAAUGUAAACUUGAAAUUUAUGAAUACUAACUGGAUUAAUUUCGCACAUAUCAAUGUCCUUUAUGCGCCUGUUGCAAUAAGUGUGCGCACUCACAGUGCUCCCAACCAGGUGCAAUUCUGAUGACCCUUUCUGCGCCAUAUUUUUUACAAACUGACGCAUUUUAUGUAGACGUAUUUGUUGGUCCGUCCACAAUUGUUUUACAUCUCAGAAUUCUGACAGAUUUGCAGGGAUUUGUUCAAUUUUUCAUAAGGAAGAACCUUGUCGAAAAUUUCCAUCGUUAUCACGGAUUUAUCUACCCGUUUACGUUAGAAAAUAUUCCUUUGCCAUUUUCUGUUCAAGUGUUCAAUCUGUUCUUUCAUAUCAUAUUUGGAACAUUUGCCCUAGAACAACUUAUUGGGGUUGUGCAUUCGGCCAUAAAGAAGAACCUUAUCAAACUUAAUAUUUCCAUGGUAAAGUUCGGAGCUAUGUAAUCGUAUUGUCUACAGUUUCGACAUACAGUAUACCUCCAUUUUAUAUAUGUAAAUAGAUAAUAAUUUUUUUUUAAGAUUACAUGGUAUAGAACUAACUAUUAUAGUUUCUAAAAUGUCAGUUAGCCAAUAUAUCUUAAGUUAUUCUCAAAAUCAGACCCACCCCGGUAAUGCUAUCGGAAUCUGGUAGUCUUGGACGAACAUCCAGGUUGAUGUGUAAGGGGGGGGGGGAUCUCCUACUCUACUUUCGUUUUGAUGAUCCACAGAUACCAUUCAACAAUGAGGAGUUGUCAUUGUGCAAUAUACUUUUCUUAGUAUUAUUAAGAUGUACUUACAUAGUAGCCCAUAUCUUUCACCCCAUAAAGUGGCCGGAUGCGCUACUUGAUGAAAUGAAAUGGAAUGGGGUUUAACGUCCUACUUUUACUUUUCUGCUCCAACUGGGCUAAUGAAGACGGGUCGCAACUAGAUAAUAUGUUUAUGUAUAUAUUUUCUCUUUAUAAAUAUAUAUCAUGUUUAUGUAUACAUCAUGUAUUACUGUAUAUAUCAUAUUUUAUUCCAAUAAGUAACUAGUAUAUAUAAAAA